AACCCAACCACCAUUCCCACCACCAGGCUUCCUACGUGCCACCGCCGACCAGCCUCACUGUCGUAAGCCUAACCACAUAAACAUCACCACCGUCGCUGCCCUCCUUUUCCCUACCCAGAACCGUUGUUGAACUCCUCUCCCCCUGCCAAAACCGUCGCUAAAACCCCAUUCCCUCUCCCUGGAAACCACCCAACGUACAAACCAUCACGAAUUCUACCACUUUGGGGUUCGAAGGUCGAUUUCAGCCUUACCCUCCGCCCUCAAAACAGCCAAAACCUUUGAAGUCCUAGAAACUUCGAUCUCUCGGUGAAGGGCAAGGGUUGUUUUCGGGGAGGGGAGAAUGGGUUGGGAUGGUUAUCGGUGAGGAGGGGGAAGGCCAGGGGAGUCGCUGGUUUAAGAGGUGGUGGUUUGGCUGAUCUCGGCGGUCAAGGUGGAGGCAGGGCAUGCUGGCGGCGGGGUUAUGGUGUCGGUGGUGGGGCUAGGCUGGGUUAGCCGGUUAAAGUUUUUUUUUAUGUUUUUUUUAAAUUAAUUAAUUUUUUUAACCAAUAGCCUAUUAACACGUGUCUGUUCAUGGAAUUCGUUAAUUGGUGGCCGGUGAAAUCAAAUUUUAGUGAUAUUUUGUGGUGUUAUAAUUAAAGGGUUUUUUUUUUUUUUUUUUUUUUUUUUUUGGUUGUUGUUGUUGUAAUCAAUUUCUUAGUUUUUCUGUGGUGUUAUUUUGCAAAUUUCCAAAAAAUAUACUCGUAUGUAUAAAUGAACCAAAUUCCCUAAUUCCAAAUUCCGUUAUUCGAAACCAAACAGAGUUCACAUCGAAAAAACAAUAAACCCAAAUUCCCUAAUUCCUCAUUUUCACAAAAUCAAACUUGUCAAGAUUCAAAGAUCGAUCAACAAUGGAGUGUGUUUUCGGAUUAGUAGGCAAUGGAUUCGCAAUAAUUGCAGCAGAUACAUCAGCAGUGAACAGCAUUUUGGUGCACAAAACCAACGAAGACAAGAUCAUGAAGCUCGAUUCUCACAAACUCUUGGGCGCCAGUGGCGAAGCCGGCGAUAGAGUUCAAUUUACGGAGUUUGUCCAGAAGAAUGUUUCUUUGUAUCAGUUCAGGAAUGGUAUCCCUUUGACUACUGCUGCCGCUGCUAAUUUCACUCGAGGUGAACUUGCUACUGCCUUAAGAAAGAAUCCAUACUCAGUAAACAUAAUUCUAGCUGGUUUUGACCAAGACACUGGACCUUCAUUAUACUUUAUUGACUACAUAGCGACUCUUCACAAGGUAGAUAAGGCAGCAUUCGGCUAUGGUUCCUACUUUGCUCUCUCUAUGAUGGACAGGCAUUACCGUAGUGAUAUGUCAGUUGAUGAGGCCAUCAAGCUGGUUGAUGAUUGCAUUGUAGAGAUCAGGACUAGGCUGGUUGUAGCUCCACCUAAUUUCGUGAUCAAAAUUGUUGAUAAGGAUGGAGCUCGGGAAUUUGCCUGGUGUGAAUCCAUUAAAGAUCAGGCCGUUGCAGAUGCAAAUGCUGCUGCCGUAUCUGCUUCUGUCUGAGACUCUGAGGGUAUCUGGUUUUUUAGUAGUGAAAAAUAGGUCAUUUUUUAUAUUUUCUGAAGGUGGUAGCGUUUAUAUAACAGGAUGAUUUACUAUGUUUGAAACUGUAUACCCUUACUUUGGAGUUGUCACCUUGAGAUUUUACCCCACUGUUAUCUGCUGAAACAAUCAUCAAAUUGAUUGAUCUAGUUCAUUUAUCACCAUGCUAA